AUGAACGACUGCAUUCGCCAGGUCGUCGAACACUCCUUGGUUCAACAACUGGUAGAUCUUCAUCAGCAACUUCACAGCGUUCACUAUUGGUGGAUACACAAAUUUGAGGUUCUCUGGAGUCAAUGCUGUGUUGUCGAGCGAAAAUAUGCUCUCUCCCCGAUCCAGCUCUCUAUCCGGUCUGGUGAGUGUCUCGUCGUUGAUGGGAUCGUCAACGCUGAGUUUGCGUCGAUGGCCGAUCGUGAGUUCGCGGCCGGUUUUCUUAUAGCUGACGAUAAACUUGUCAACGUAAACCUGCACUCUAAACACCAAUCUUGUCUGUGUGUCCUCAAGAAUUGGUCUAAACAGUUCACCAAGCUGGAUCUUCUCUUGCAAUGGGGCCUCGUGAUGAUACAUGUCCGACUCGUCGAACCUGGUGCUGUUAUCCAGAUCUUCGACAUCGAAAUAGUUCUGCAGGAUCGAGAUCAACUCACACAGCUCGGAAAUGCUGUUUUCACGGAUGAUCUUGUUUCUGAGUAA